GAUUGAGGUCAGAGGUCAUGAUGCGGCCAUGUUUACUACAAAUUUGACGUGUGUAUUCAUGAUGGAGAAGAGCGACAAAUUAUCGGCAAUUGAGUGCAUUUCCACUUUAUAAGGGCUUCCCCUAUUUUGGGAUGAUAUUUGACUGGUACUACAUGUACCCUACCAAACACGACCAAACCUUUAGUAGCUAGAAGAAAGUUUACAACCUACGCAGUAAAUACAAAAUGUGAGUGCAGGGAAAUCAAAAGGAGAUACUUGAGUAAUUUGAUUGGCUAUUGUGAUCAAGAUGGCAGCCAAAACUGGACCGAGGUUCACUACGGAUGAAGAGUUAAAAUCAUUGAGCUGGGAGGAUGUAGUAAGACGUUUACGAUGGUGUGAAAAUGAAAGGAUGAAGUUGCUGGCAGAACAAGGUGGUACCAUGAAGGAUAUAAAACAUCAGUUAAUGUUGAAAUCAAAUGAAAUACAAGCUCUCAAGGCUGAAAACCAGAAACUUCAUUCAGAUAAUGUGGAGUUACGUGAUUUGUGUUGCUUUCUGGACGAUGACCGACAGAAAGGUAGAAAAGUGUCAAAUGAGUGGCAGCGUUUUGGUCAAUACACAACAAAUGUGAUGCGCAAUGGAGUAUCUACCUAUCAGGACAAAUUAAGAGAAUUGGAGGAACGGCAAGAAAAACUAUUUCAGGAGAAUAUUGAAUUGAGAGAGCUGUGCUUUCUAUUGGACCAGGAAAGAACUGGCAAUCAGAGUACUCUCCUUAGCAUAGGCAAUGGAAUUGAUUUAAGAGAAAAGACAAACAUGAGCAAUGGACCUUCAUCUCUGUUGAACGAUGGACAUUUAUCAAAAGAAGGGUCUUCCAAAAUAUGGGGGAAUGGUGGUGACAUUUCAUCCUUGCAAAACAAUGAUCACAUACCAUAUACAGAGGAUAGAAUUCGUUCUUUUGAUGAAAAGAGGCAGUUUUCUCAACCAGAGACAAGGAGGAAUGGGUCAGAGGACAAGGGAGACGGGCCUACACCCAAUCAUGUCACAAGCGCUUCCAAUCCAAUCCAUUCAUCCUACUCAUCCAGGAAUUAUGGUUCGAGCAUAGAGAAUGGUAACAUGGCUCCUAACUCACCCAAAGCUAUAGUGAAUGCACUCAAGGUGUUGGAGGUUCAUGACAUGUUGGAGCGAGAAACACCACCGAAUCACCUUGAAAAUGACCAUAUGAACACCAAUGAGAAAGCUAUUGUCAGGGAGAUGUGUAAUGUGGUGUGGCGUAAACUUGGUGACAACCCUGCCAACCCCAAUGGAAACACUAAUGGUAGCAGUAACAGCAGUGUCAGCAACCAAUCACAGCGUGGCCAAGCUCCGCCCAGGUACAAUAAUAGUACUACCAAUCCUACAGCUAGACCACCUGGUUACAGCACCCCUCCGUACAGUAGUGGUAGUACAGGCAGUCUUGAAAGGAAAGGUAUUUAAUGGCAGUAUCUAUCAGUUCCACCCUCACAAUACUGUCAUCCAUUAUGGUAACGGCUACAGGAAACCCUCAGGAGAGGAGAAAUAAGUUUGAUUGUGUGGAAGGAAGAUGUAUUCAAUGAUUGCCCCCGCUUUCACAAAUUCAGCAGGGUUCAUGUAAGGCAAGCAGUUGUAAAACGGAACACACUUUCCUAGAUUGCGUGUCAGUCAGCCUGCAUAUAAUACCCUAAGAGCACUGUCACCCCUGAAAUUUUGUGCUUCAAUUCAUUUCCAUAUAGAAGAGAUAUAAUUUUCAAUGAAAAUGUAUUCAGUCAUCACUGCCAUUUCCCUCCUGAACCACUUUGGUACCAACACAAUUCUAUUAUCAUAUGACUUCAAAGUACACCUCUUUUAAAAUAAAGAAACAUAAGUAUUCAAUAAGCCACACCUCAUUCCCUUUUCCUUCAGUCACAUCUGGUAAUGUAUAUUACCUCUUCCAAUAAGACAGGCUAGUUAACAUAUUUUCACAUUUCUGAGGAGUGUUAAUAAAUCUGGUAUUGAAUCUCGUUAGUAUUAAAAGAUUACAUACAUACAUACUUCAAGAUAAGGAGGAAGUGUUUUUUAUGCUAUGUCUUUAAAGCAGGCCUGCUUUAAAGUGAUAAAUGGCCUUUAUCAGGUUCAAAGUCUUUGCCCAAUACCCAAGGUAAAGAUUAAUUCACAUCAUGUUAGGCUUGAUCUUGCUUAUGCAACAGUGAUGGCUUAUCGUUAUUUCUAUUUUUAUUCUAUUUUUAAUAGAAAAAAAAUAGUGCUGUGCAUUUUGAAGUAGACAAAUCAUAUACCAUAUCUGAUAUGCACAUGUACUUAUCAUUCUAUCUGAAUGCAUUUUUUUAAAUCAAAUGAAAUGAUUGAUGGAUAUUGUAGAGAAGGUUGUUGAUUAUGAAUUAAAUAUAAAGUUUAAAAUGAAAAUAAUGAUUUUAAUUCUUUAUUGAUGUGAAAUUCCUGAUAUUUUGAAGAAAAAAAAACUGAUUAACAAUGAAAUCGGUGAUAAAGUUUUAAUAAUAGCGGCACAAUCUUUUGUUUUGAUGAUAAGAACAAUGCUUGCUGUUUCAAAAUCUUAAAUGAUGGAGGCUUAACUAUUGUCUGGAGCGACACAGGAUCUCACAUAAAAUGUUGCUUGUUAUGUGUUAUCCUUUCUCACCCCCCCCCCCCCCAAAUUACACUUUGUGAUAUACCAUAAGCUCUGAUUGGAUGAUGAUUUGUUUGUAUUGGAGAAUCCCUUGAUUUCUUGAUAAGGUAUCUUAGUAGUAAAUUUUCUUGCAUGUUCCAUAACACUGUACAUUACAUUACACAAUGAUAUUCACCAGAGUCCAGAUUCUUUACACUCACUUCUCUUUGAAGAAGGCCAUAAUCUCUCUAUUGUGAAUGGCUUUAAGAAUGAAUGGCCAUUAUUCACCCAGGGUCAUCCUUCUAUUCAUAUCCCGUAUCAGCUCUUUGAAAAAGUUGUGACAGUUGGGAUUGUGAUCUCAACAAGAAUUUUUCAGAUUUGGAGGGCAAAUUAACUUUAUUUGAAUGGUGACCAUGGUGCGGCUAUCUCUCAUUAGCCAAAUUUGUUUUUUAAGCUACAUUUUGUAACAAUGAAAUUGCACUUUAUGACUUAUGUUGAAAGUGCAUGAAGGUCUCACAAGUGUGAAGUAGAGUGUACUUCACACAAUCUUUCUCAUGCAUACAGUAUUUUGAAAAUGUUUUACAAUCCUAUUGAAAUAUAUUGAAAUUUAUAGAAUAUUCUAGAAAUGUCAGAUUUCAUUCAGUGAUUACAUCACAUGCAUCUAAGUGAAAGUGUGAAUCUUUAUGAACUUCAGUUUUAGAUCAAAGAGAAGUCAAGCUGCACAGUGCACACCAUGAAUAAUAAGAGUAAUAUCAUGUAAAUAGAAUACUUUUUGUGUACAUAAGCACAAUAAUACUUUUUUACAUCAUUGAAUUAAGUACAAAUAUAUUUACAUGUAGUCUUAAAAGAUAUGAGGAAAACCUCUUGUAAUUGUAAUAAAGUUGCAAAUUUUGUAAUUUGUACUCUUGAAGUUGAAGCAUUUUUGUAUAAACAUACAUUUUCUGCAUCAGAUUUUUAAUGUAAAUAACUUUUUGUACCAUUGUAAAUAUUUUGUAAAUUAUACACUGUAUUUGCAUACUAUUUGAAAAUUAUCCAAUGUUUCUUGUGCUGUAUCUCAAGAAGCAUUUAUGUUUACCCUAUUGUGACGUAUGACAACAAUCCUACAGACAUUGGAGUUGGAACUUUGCAAGCUAUUACCAGUAUCUUUAUCACAUAUUGUUUGUAAAUGGUUUUUGUGAAGAAAACAGAAAACAAUAUUAUGAUAUUGAUUGAUUUUCAUUUACACUGCAGUAAGUAUUCAUACGAUAUAGUUAAACAAAGAAGUUGGGAAAUGACAGGAAAUGUUUUAUUCCAGUAGCUAAAUAAAAUUUAUUUAUUCAUCUUUGUAAUGAUAUUAAAAUGGGUCUGAAUAUGAUGAUAACCCAAUAUUUAUAGUUGUUUCUAUGUACAUGUAAUUUUGAAGAAAAAAAAUAUCGCAUUCCACUUUUUCUAAAGUAUUCUUUUUAUACUCAACUCAAUUUUUUUUGUGAAAUGAUUAUUAGAUUUUAAGGCAGAUAAGUGUUAUAUUGUUAUAUUUCCUUUAACUCAUAAUUAAGAAUUAAUUACAUUACAAGAGCAUAUUUAAUAUAUGUAAACCCUGUGUUCAAUGUUGUAUUUUCAAUACUCUCAAAUACAUUCUGUAUCUAUGCAUCAGGUGUAUUCAUGUACGUUGAAAUCAUGGAAGAUAGAUUUGACACAUGAAGGCUUUAAUAAUGUGAAGUUGACUCGUAUUGCAAAAGUAGAGGAUGGAGGUAUGAUUUUUCAACAUCCUUUUCUAUAAAUUACAAGCAGUCUUACACUGGAUCUUUAAUUGCCACAAUGAGGUCUUAAAAUUGAUUACCAAAGAUUGUGUCCAUCUAAUUACAUGUACCUGUUUAUGUACUGUUGUUGAUGCUGUUGUUGUUGUUGAUAAUAUUUUACUGCAGGUCAGCUGCAAGUGAAUUUAUUUCUUUCUAUUUCUCUCUUCUUUGAUCAUUUCCUUCUGUCUCAAUCUUCCUCUUUUGAUUCUCUUCAUUCAAUGUUGUGUGUCUACUGUACUUUGUACUAAUGUGUAUAGUCUCUUUGGAAAAUUUGAGGCAAGAUUCAUUAAAUGAAUAUCACAGAGCAAAUGCUACCUGACGGAAAAGCAAUUGAAAAAUAAAUAUAGUAUUGGUUUUUUUUUAAGUGUUUGUUUCAGCAUUAAAUUUCAUUAUUGCAUUGUUGUCAGCAAUCAAGAGGUACGGAAGACAAAGCACUCUUGCAAUUUCUACAUGUUUUUGUGCCAGUUUUAUCGCCAAAUUGUAGCAGAAACAAUGCAUCUGAAAUAACCAUGUUUGAUGACUGACCUGUUUCCCAGCCAGAAUCAAUUUUGUUUUCUUAGAUAAAAACUCCAAAAUCCAAAAGCUGAUUUGACAAUUAGUGAUGUAUAACAAACAUACAUGUACCUUAUAUAUCUGGUUUACUCUGUCCUGGCUUUGCCAUUUAACAAAGUGAAACAUAUGAAAAGUAAAUAAGUAAUGUUUCUGUCUCUGUAGAUUUAUUUUGUUUUUUAUUCAAGGGAAUAUGUUCCAAGAACAAUCUUGUAUAGCUCUACAUGUAUCUUAAAAUGUUUUACUGAUUAGAUUACUGGGAUCCUUACACCAUACAUAGUGUGUUAUGAACUUUAAUUUUUUUAGAUGUAAUGAUGAAACAUACCUAUUGUGCAUGAAAUUUGAAAGCAGCAUGUCUGAAAUGCACCAACCUAACCACAAAUUCCUUUCAUUUUUGAUAUAAGCAAAUUAUUGUUGACUGUUGAUUAUUAGUAAAGAUUACAUUCUCUUAUUUAUUGCUUUAUCAAAACAGACUACAGUUAGUUGAUUGUAUGAAAGUGGUAUGAAGAAACAAAUUUUAGUUGAUUUUAGGAUUUAAUUUUUGAAAAUGUGAAUACAGGAGAGUAGAAAGUCUGUAAAUAUGAAAAGACAAAUUAGUGUGAUAUGAUUAGACCCAUUGAUUAAAUAGGAAUAAUGUCCUGUAUUCAUCACAUUCUUGGAAUGGUAAAAAGAUUUCGAUUUUGUAUUCUCGUGUAUUUUAUCACUUCAGAGCAAAUACCUCAACAUAUAUUAAUCUGCUUGCUUUACUACAAGUUGCAAAUGUAUGUAUUCAACAAUAUAAAGCACAUUACUGGUUUUCUACUUAGUAUUUCUUAAUUUCUAUUAAGUAUUUAUGAGGAUUAAUUUCUCUUUCUAUUUAUUUGCUCAUGAUGCAUAGUAAGUUUGUGACCAAAACUAUUGAAAAAAAGGUAAAUUCCUGUGUUUUUCGAGUAAUUGUUUGGUUGGUGCAUGAAGCUAUUAAUUAGCUUCAUGGUUGGUGUAUUCAUGAUUUUUAAACAUCAAUAUGCAUCACUAUGAGAACAUCACUGUAAUCUGUCCUCUAUCAAGUGACGUCAAGGUUAGGUGAAACGGUCCAUUGUAAAUUAAACUCACAUUUUAAUAUUUAUUUUGAUAUUGCAAAUAAAAAAACAACAUGUUGCAUGCAGUUUGUGUCAUAUAUUUCAAAGAAACCUGUUCUAAAGAUUAUCACCAUGUUUAGAUCUGAUUCUGAGCCUGUAUUCACACCAAUGAAACAAAUCUGACCAAAAAUAUCAACAUAACAUGAUGGGGAAGAAUGGAUUGGUUAGUUUAACCUUCUUUUUUUUGUUCUUUUGCCUCACACUCUAUACCACAAAUUAGCAUUGUGUUUAGUGUUAAGGGGUGUAGAAAAAAGUUUUCUUUCCUUUACUCUUGCAUUUAACAAAAAUCUAAAGCAAAUUUGUUUAUUUUGCAGAAUUGUUAACUGUAUCAAGAGGCUUUAUAUAUAAAACAAAUUGAUUAUAUUGUCUGUUUCCAACUAUAAUCUAUCAGUGCGUUUCUAUAGAGAAUCUUUAAAAACGGUUUAUCUUUCCAGAAUCGAAAAACCAUAUCAACCUUAAACCAACCUGUGUCUACCGAGCGAAUAAUCUGAUCAACUCAUAUCGCAUGUCUUGGAACACGGCAAUAACCAUCUCCCAGAGGUGGUUAUGAUGAGGAACCAUAUUUUGCACGAUGCGGUUCAUCAAUAAACCGCAUUGCAUCUGUUUCUACAGGGAAGUUUUCUAGAAUUCUGGAUACUUACGUGGGUAAUACCGUUUAACAAGUCUCUGUAGAAGCACGCUGUAUGAGUUUGAUUAUAUAAAAUGUCCACUUAAUAUCAUUUUAUUAUAUAUUGGUGAUUUUUUUAAAUGUUUAUUUUACAAAGGGAGGUUUGAGGUAAUGAGAACAUGGAUAGAGGUGGUAUGAAUAUUUAAAAUAACCUUUUGUACAAUGUAUAUCUAUUAUAUAUAUCAUGUCUCACUCUGUAGUUUAUGUACAUGUAUGGCUCCUUGCAGUUGUACUACAUUUAAAACUUGCAUUAAAUAGUAAAAG